ACUAUCUCACAUCUUUUCUUACUUGCUCCGUCGACGAUUCCACCUCCCCAGUUGGAUAGACAGUGAGUUGUAGGAAGUGAAUAUGCAGAUUUUCGUGAAAACCCUCACGGGCAAGACGAUCACCUUGGAGGUGGAGACAUCGGACACCAUCGACAAUGUUAAGAGUAAAAUUCAAGACAAGGAGGGAAUCCCUCCUGAUCAACAGAGGUUGAUUUUUGCCGGGAAGCAGUUGGAGGAUGGCCGUACUCUCAGUGACUACAACAUCCAGAAGGAGUCAACUCUUCAUCUUGUCCUCCGUCUUCGUGGAGGUGCUAAGAAGCGCAAGAAGAAGACAUACACUACGCCUAAGAAAAUCAAACACAAGCGCAAGAAGGUGAAGUUGGCUAUUCUUAAAUACUACAAGAUUGACAGCGAAGGCAAAAUCAAGCGCCUUCGUAGAGAGUGCCCAAAUGCUGAAUGUGGAGCAGGCAUUUUCAUGGCUUUCCACCAAGACAGGCAGUCUUGUGGAAAGUGUGGUCUUACGUACAUGUUUGCUCCUGGCACCAAACCUCCUGUUGUCUAAGCUCGCCGCGCUGGCGUCGGGAAUGGACGUCAUUUCCCCCCUUUCGUACAUGUGGGAAUUAACGUUUCUAUAACCGCCAUGUUAUCAUGUUUCGCUAUCCGUGCCAGUAUAUGUGUUGUGAUGAGAUGCCUAGAUGACAGGAAUUAUCAGCAAGUGAGCAAUGGAGGGUGUGUGAACGUGAACACCAGCUACCGAUAUAAUUAUCACUUGCAUCACUUCGGUCCAGUGUCCCAGGGACAAGGUGGAUUUCCCCAUACAUCUCGUGAAUUGUUAAAAAUAAUAACCCG